UUAAAUCACAGCGUACCCUGCAUGCAGCUAUAAAUGAGUCAGGAUAGUCCAUGCUGAAGCGGAUCGCUGACGUUAAGAGUUACCUACGAACACGAUAGACCGUCGCCUUGCGUGGCCAACAGGUCGCCGCCUAAGGGUCGGGGUGUGGGGCAUAAUGACAUCUCACAUGUUGACACAGGUGCAUAUAGUAUACGCGUGUGAACCUGAACGGCCUCUGGGCACAUCACACGGCACAGUCAACGUAUAACAAGGGACGGGGUGUGGCGGUCGAGUAAACAUUCCAGAUGGACAAGGCAAAGGACCAACACUCACUGAAGCUGCUGCGUGUGGCCGAGGACUUCUGCCAGGGGCAUAUGGUGACAACAAUCACUCAUCUAUAUCGGAACAAAUCUCGGGAGUACUUCGAUCAAGUCCUGAACAAGGAAGAUGGCCUGAUGUUGCCCUACAAGAAAGACUACGGGGGCGACCCAUCCUGUCCCAUCAACGGCAGAUUAAAGGGACUGUUCUUUGCCGCUACGUUGGUGCAGGGGGGAAUUCCAGAGGCAUCGCCAUUCGGAAAUACUCGGUUGACGCUUCCAGUGGAAGAGCUGAUUGGACCAGACACGAACCUUUACUUCGCUGAUUUCUUCUGCAUGCCUAUAAUGUCAAUAAAUAAUAACCACUACAUUGUUCUGGUGGUGACGAAGCAGGGAUCACCCUCCGACCUGUUCUGCAACACAAUUCUCCCUCAAAUCAACAUCAAUAACAACUUAUUCCUAACACGGAGAGCCGGACCAAUAGGACCUUCUUUUACAAUACCUUUCAAAACAGGGUUUGAUCACGACCGGCGGCCUCACAAAUUGUGGAUCGAGGUAAUGUACACUGAGGCCAUUGAUAUGGCGAACAUGCUAAUCAAAUAUGGCGAGGCCAUAAUAACAACGUGUAGGACAUUCGGCGAAGGAAGCAGCAAGAAGGAAACGGGUGUGAGGAAACAUACAAACUGUACAAUAUGUAGUUAUAACCCUUGUGUGAGGUGCAUCUGUUGCAAGAGAGUCCUCUCUGGUCGAGAUUUUGACUAGUGACCUUGACCUCCAUUGACGUGUCAGAGCGGGUGUUGUGUCUGGUCUGUUAGGUUUUAGAGGGAACCAUUUUACCUUUUGUGCAGCUUUUGGCACUGGCGAGACACAGAGGACAGGCUGAAGAAUUUGUAAUCUUGUAGGAAUCACACCCAGUAUUGGAGACGAGGUGGUAACAGCACUAGGCUAUAUCCCAUCCUCCUUUGAUUGGUGAUUGGGUUGGUUGAUUGAUUGUUUUACGCCGCACUCAGCAAUAUUCCAUCUAUAUGGCGGCUGUCUGUAAAUAAUCGAGUCUGGACCAGACAAUCCAGUGAUUGAUAUCAUGAGCAUCGAUC